AUGUCGAUUAUAUAUCUAUGGUCUCAAUAUAAUCGAGAUAAGAUUGUUACCUUUAUGUUCGGGCUGACUUUUAAGGCUGCCUAUUUCCCAUUUGUCCUACUAGCCUAUGAAUUUAUAGCUAGUAAAACAAUACCAAUAAGAUCAAUUGUUGGAUUAUGUUCUAGUCAUCUCUAUUAUUUCCUCGAUGAGCUAUAUCCAGCUUCAGGAGGCCCUAGACUUACCAAAACACCAGGGUGGCUUUACAGGUAUUUCCCAUCAGGUGGUAGUUCCAGUGGAUUACGUAGAGCCUAUGGAAGAAUCUUUACGCCAAAUACGGAGUCACAGCAACAUUCUAGCGGAUAUAAUUGGGGAAGAGGGCGACGAUUAGGAACGUAA